UCUUGCUGCUUCAAUCUGCCAUCUAAGCAAUAUAUUGUAGAUAUAUUUCUGUACUUGGUGGCAUUUUGAGGAGUAAUGCAACAAUGAAUGGCAUGAUAGAAUGCAGUGUCUGCCAUUCUAAAUUGGUGUCUCCAAAUACCAAAACUGUAUCUAGGGCAUAUGAUCAGCACAGAAGCAAGAUAUCAUCAAAGUACCGAGCCCUCAAUGUUCUUUUGGUUGUUGGAGAUUGCACCUUAGUUGGGCUACAGCCCAUUUUGGUUUUUAUGUCUAAGGUUGAUGGGAGUUUUAAAUUUAGCCCUAUUAGUGUUAACUUUUUGACAGAGGUUGCGAAGGUUAUCUUUGCAAUUGCAAUGCUCUUGUUCCAGGCUAGGCAUCAGAAGAUUGGGGAGAAACCACUUCUCUCAGUUUCUACGUUUAUUCAGGCAGCUCGCAGUAACGUGCUUCUUGCUGUUCCUGCAUUUCUGUAUGCUAUCAAUAACUAUUUGAAGUUCAUCAUGCAGCUAUACUUUAAUCCUGCAACCGUGAAGAUGCUGAGUAACUUGAAGGUCUUGGUUAUUGCUGUUCUAUUAAGGAUAAUCAUGAGACGUCGUUUUUCAGUCAUUCAGUGGGAGGCUCUCGCUCUGUUGCUCAUUGGAAUCAGUGUGAACCAUCUUCGGUCGCUUCCUGAGGGCACAACAGCUUUGGGUCUUCCUGUUGCAACUGGUGUAUAUAUGUAUACAUUGAUCUUUGUGACUGUUCCAUCUUUGGCCUCAGUUUACAAUGAGUAUGCACUGAAGAGCCAAUUCGAGACAAGCAUUUAUCUUCAGAACCUGUUUUUAUAUGGAUAUGGUGCUAUUUUCAAUUUUCUAGCUAUUGUUGGAACUGCCAUUUUCAAAGGUACCAGUAGCUUUGAUAUCCUGGAAGGGCAUUCAAAGGCCACCAUGUUUUUAAUAUGCAACAAUGCAGCACAAGGGAUCCUGUCCUCCUUUUUCUUCAAAUAUGCAGAUACAAUUUUGAAGAAAUACUCAUCAACUGUUGCCACAAUCUUUACGGGUAUAGCAUCUGCAGCUUUAUUUGGUCACACUCUGACCAUAAACUUUAUCUUGGGUAUCUCUAUUGUGUUUAUCUCGAUGCAUCAGUUCUUUUCACCUCUUUCAAAAGUCAAGGAUGAACCACAAAAUGGGACCAUGGAAAUGAUGGAUGUUCACAACAAUCACAAGUCAAGGGAUUCAUCCUCCAUAAAUAUGGCGGCUGGAGCUAAUGAAGAUGCUAGCCAUCGUGUUGAAGCUGAUGAGAGACAGCCAUUGCUUCCCAUCUAAAGUGUUAAAGGUACUAUUCAGGAAUAUUCAUUGAAGGUGAUUCUUUUGGCUGGACUUACUAUGCGGUAGGGAGACUAGCCAGUUCUCACUAAACUCAAUAAAGUAAGAUGGUGUAAAAGAAAUUCUUUUGUUUUGAGACCCCUUUAGCCAUUGGGAUCCCUGUUGGUUUGUAGCUCCUGGUAAAUGAGGUUGGAGUAAAGAGAAGCCAGCAAGCAAGCAAGCAUUUUGGU